AUGUCUUCGACAAAAGUUGAAUUGAUUUUUGGCGGUUCUGGCUUCUCCACGGACGUGGCACCCCUAGGAACAUUUGAUGAUAUGACUGAAGCUCUCUGUAUCCUCAAGAACGAGGGUGUUUGUAUAAUUGAUACAGCAUCCACCUAUGGCGAUAGCGAAAAGGUCCUUGGAGAACUGGGUGCUGCAAAAACACACACAAUCCACUCCAAAUACCCCGGAGGAUUCAGCCCGACGCUAUCAACUAAAGACAGCAUUAUUACUGCGGCUACAGAGGGACUGAAGAAAAGCAAAGCUAAGCAGUUCGAAGUCUACUACCUCCAUUCACCGGACCGCCGAGUCCCCUGGGAACCCCAACUAUCCGCAAUGACCACCCUUCACCAAGAAGGAAAAAUCAAGCGCUUCGGGCUCUCAAACUUUCUUGCCGCUGAAGUUGAAGAUAUCAUCCGCAUUGCAAAGGAAAAUAACUUCAUUCUACCUACUGUUUAUCAGGGGAGCUACAAUGCUAUUGGACGCCGCCCCGAAACCGAACUCCUUCCCACCCUCCGGAAGCACGGGAUUAAAUUCUACGCCUACUCGCCUAUUGCUGGUGGGUUCUUAGCUAAGGACCCGGAUCAAUUGCGCAAUCCACUAGGUCGGUGGGAUCCAAGUACAUUCGCUGGCAGCUUAUAUCAUCUGCUAUAUAAUAAGCCCCAUAUGCUAGAGGGCUUACAGCUUUGGAGUGAUAUUGCAAAGGGCUAUGGGGUGUCUAAGGCGGAGCUAGCAUAUAGAUGGAUUGUAUAUCAUUCUGCGUUAAAGGGGGAAUAUGGCGAUAAGAUUAUCUUUGGGUCGAAGAACGUAAGGCAGUUGAAGGAUACUCUGCAGGUUAUAAAAAAUGGACCAUUGGAUGCAGAUGUAGUCGAGAAGAUUGAAGAGGUUUGGAAUCUUGUUGAGGGUGAGGCGCCGCUGGAUAAUUAUAAUGAUGGGAUUCUGAAGAUGCAGGGUAUGUCUGUUUGA